AUGGUUUUGGCACUUGUGGCCAGUGCAGCCGCCGAGUUUAGCUAUGAAUCUCUCACCAAUCAGGACUACCUUCAAUAUGGAGAGGGCACGUUCUAUGGACAUCAGCAGGACCAGGAUGCGCAGGGGGCCUGCAGCUAUUCAGAGAACUACGCAAAUGCAAUGCAUCUGCCCUGGGCGGCAGGCGCUGCCGUCACUCUAGCCCUCAACCGAGACCACUUUGACGACAGCCGCGGAUGCGGCCUCUGCAUUAUGUACCGGGGCAUUGGCGGCGGCAUUGGAGUGACACCAGUCAGCACAACGAACUGGUUCAUGGGCAUUGUCAAUAACAUCUGCCCCGAGUGCAGCCGCGGCGAUCUGGACCAGAACAUCGACGGAGAUGGGCGCUGGAAGAUUGAGUGGUAUGCUGUGCCAUGCAAUGUGGGCGACACUAAGAUGCGCUAUGACUUGGUGGUGAAGACUUACUACUGGAUCGCCAUUGUGAUCUCCAACACAAGGAUUCCAGUGAGGUCAGUCUCGGCAAAGAUCAACGGGCAGUGGUUUGCUCUGAUGCGAUCUGUCACCAACCAGUGGCAAUACCACAGGGAGGUUGGUGACUGGGCAGGGAGCUUCCCAAUGCCGAUCCGGAUCACAUCGACCAUGAAUGAAACCGUGGAGGAUGUCAUUCAAUCGGCGGAUGGCAGCACGGGGACGAAGCAGUUCUCAGCAAUCCCAGGGCCCUCCUAUGUGUCGGCUGGCAUCCCCGGCCGUGGCUACCGCCCCAGCAACGCAUUCCCCCUGCAAAACCCCGGAGUCGCCAUCCCCAACAUGGGCCCAGUCAAGGGUGCAAAUGCCAAUGGUGUGUCAGGAUGGGGUAGCGACAAGCAGGCGGCGCUGAAGCCGCAGAUCCCCAAGACUGCGCCCAGCACGACGCACGACGGCGUUGUCUUCCAGGCUGACACAAUCUUCAUCGAUGACAAUCAGCAGUGCGGCGGCACAACAGGCGAGUGCACGGCGCGCGACCGCGGCCAGCCGGUGAAGCCGUGCAUCCCAAGCGCAUGGCCGCUGGCUGUGUGCUCCAACUCGGGGUCCAUCUGUCAAUCUGCCAGCGCCACGCAGGAGCGCUUCGAGUGCAAGCCAUCCGCGCUCGCCGCCGGCGGUGGCGGCAGCAGCGGCAACUUGACCUCCUCGGCCUCCAGUGGGAGUUUGCCCAGCUCCCCUGGCUCAUCAUCAUCUCCCUCGAGUUCAUCUCCCUCAGGGGCAUCACCAUCAUCUCCCUCGGGUUCAUCGCCUUCAUCACCCUCGAGCCCCUCGAGCUCUGGCGGCAGCAGCCCUGCCAGCAACAAUGUGACUUUAGGCAGCAACAGCGUGUAAUAAUAAUAAUAAUAAUAAUAUCGCUGAAUUCCAAAUGA